AUUCAUGGAACUAAGUUUGCUGAAAUGCCAUUCAUUGGAACGCAUGAGAAGCAUAGGGGUAAAGGAAUGUGCAGAAAAUUCAUGGCUAUAAUUGAAUCUGCUCUUUCCUACCUUGAAGUUGAAAACUUGGUGAUUCCCUCCUCCAAGGAGAAAGUCAAGUCAUGGAAAAACUCAUACGGUUUUCAACCGAUUAGCCACUCGAUGAAAAAUGAUCUAAGGGAUUGGAAUGCCUUAAUGUUUCAUGAUUCCAUCAGAUUACAGAAGGUUCUACCUAUCUCUAAAGGUAGGGAAGAUGAGCAGGCUGAGAACAAGGAGCGUGGACUUCCCGAUUUGAACCUUGAAGCCCCCCCAUCAGAUUGAAAAGAGCACAGUAAACCUCCCUUUUUACAACAUCUAGAUUUAAAAGGGAGAUUUAAAAGGCUAUUAGAAGAAACACCCCCCCC